AUGGCAGCUGCAACAACCUCCUCUAUUUCGCUAUCCUUCAAUUCUGGAGGAGCAGCAGCAGCAGACUCGUCAAAUAUCGAGAGAAAAGGUAAUGUGGCGACUUUCCAAUCCAAGGCUGGGUAUGAAACAAACUUGACUGCCAUUGACACUUAUGGUAACACUUUUAAAGUUCCAGAUUACUCUAUUAAGGACAUUUUAUCAGCUAUUCCAGCACACUGUUAUCAAAGAAGAUUGAUGCAGUCCUUAUUUUAUGUUUUCAGAGACAUUGCAGCUAUGGUCACUUUGGGAUUUGUGGCAAACAACUAUAUUCAAUUAAUCCCUAACGAAUAUCUCAGAUUUGCCGCGUGGGCUGGUUACAUCUGGAUGCAAGGGUUAUUUGGUACUGGUAUUUGGGUUAUGGCACAUGAAUGUGGUCAUCAAGCAUUUAGUGAUUACGGCCUGGUUAAUGACUUUGUGGGUUGGAUAUUGCACUCGUAUUUAAUGGUUCCAUAUUUUUCAUGGAAAUAUAGUCAUGGAAAACAUCACAAGGCAACUGGUCAUUUAACCAGAGAUAUGGUUUUCAUCCCAAAGACCAAAGAGGAGUUUUUGAAAAAGAAUUCUGCUGAAGCACUUGAGGAUUUGUUUGAAGAGCUGCCAAUUUUCUCAUUGUUAAAACUUCUCGUUCAACAAUUUGCUGGUUGGUGGGCAUAUUUAUUUGCCAACGUGAGUGGUCAAAAAUAUGAUGGUAAAUCAUGGUGGCAGGUGAGUCAUUUCAACCCAGAGUCUUUAUUAUUCGACAAAAAGGAUUAUUAUUAUAUUUUGUUAUCUGAUGUUGGGCUUUUAAUCCAAGCUACAAUUCUUUAUACUUGGUACAAAAAUUUUGGAUUAUUCAACAUAACUGUUAACUACAUUUUACCAUACAUUUUAGUCAAUCACUGGUUAGUGUUUAUCACCUAUUUGCAACACUCGGAUCCUCAAAUGCCACAUUAUGAAGCCCACCAAUGGACUUUUGCUCGUGGUGCUGCAGCCACUAUCGACCGUGAAUUUGGAUUUGUUGGCAAACACAUUUUCCAUGACAUUAUAGAGACCCACGUAUUGCACCAUUACGUUUCAAGAAUACCAUUCUACAAUGCUAGGGAAGCUAGCCAGGCUAUAAAGAAAGUAAUGGGUGAACACUACCAAUACUCGAAUGAAAAUAUGUGGGUAAGUUUGUGGAAAUCGGCAAGAUGGUGUCAAUUUGUCGAUGGAAAGAAUGGUGUUUUGAUGUUUAGAAAUGUCAAUGGGUUGGGAGUUGAUCCAAAGAAAAGUUAG